AUGAUUAAAAGUGUUUAUAUUUUAAAAUCAAUGAAAACAACAUCUAUAAGUCUAUAACGGGUUUGGUGAAAUUAGCUGUCAAUAAUGUUAGAUCAGUUGCAAGUUUUAGUUUGGAUCAUAAAACAUGUCAGAUGAUUACUACUCCUUCCGUUUCGUAUUAAUCGCAACACUAGGGUGUUCAUAAAGUUUAAGAAAAUUUAUAGGGUUAGGGUCUAAAAGAGGUGUCUUUUUUUGUUUUUUAUUUAUUUAUUUUUUUUACAGUUCCUAUUUUCCUAUUUUGGAGAUCCAAAGUUUUGUUCUUGUUUUUGUUUUUGGAUAGUAUGUAAAGACUAUUAUGUCCUCAUUAUUUUUAACUUUAUUCAUUGAACUUCCUAAUUUACCGUCAAAUUAUCCACUUGCCUUGUACUUUUUUCUACUUUCUCUCUCUAACUUUUGUCUAUAAUUGAACUUUUCACUUUUUUCUCCUUAAAUUAUUCAAUUGCCUUGUACUUUUGUCUAAAUUUUUUUCCACUUUCUCCUCUCAUUUCUUAAAUACCGUGAAAAAACGCAAACAUGAACUAUAUAUUGGGACGGAGGGAAUAUAACGUAUUGUUGGUAGGAGAGAAAAAUAAUAAAAAAAGUAGUAUAAGUGGGGUCGGUAGUAAAGAGAAAUAAUACAAUAUUGUGAGAGUGGGGUUAGUGGGAGAGAAAAAUUAUAAAAUAAUGGUGGGUACUUUCCAAAUAUAGUAGUGUUACUAUUAAUAUGAAACAGAUGUAAAAGCAAAGUGUAGCGAUUAAUACGAAACAGAGGGAGUAACUAAUAUAGAAUCGGGUUCGAUUAAGAAUACAUGUUACCAAUUUCAUCCAUUAAUCGAGUAUGAAUCGAAGUCAGGUCCGUUUUUAACAACUACUUUGUAUAAAAUUUUCAAAAGAACUUGUGACCCUAAAUGAGAAUAGCACAGGACACGAGCGUUAUCCGAGCUCCCAAAUAGUUGGGGGUAUGCAAAACUAUUGAAGUGAACCAACCUUAAUUUUCACAUAAAAAUGGCGGACACUUUGUUAGGACCUUCCCCUUCACUCUCUCUCCUUUGCAAUCCUUUACCUUUCCUACCUUCUUCGUUCCACUUCAAAUCCACCAUUUCUAGCAAUCCCACUAGAUUCAAAUGCACUUUCUCUUCUAAUUCUCAAUCUCCUCUAUUAAUGGCUUCCUCUUCAACUUCUCCUUCUCCUUCCCAAUCUUCUACCACUUCUCCACCUUCUCUACUUGUUUUUUCUGGGGGCACUGCCUUUAAUGGGGUAGUGGAGGAGCUGAAAAAGCUGACAACUCGUGUUGCACAUGUUCUUCCUGUUUCUGAUGAUGGAGGAAGUACAGCUGAGAUCGUCCGUGUGCUUGGUGGUCCAGCCGUUGGAGACAUAAGAUCAAGAUGUUUGAGGCUCUCUGACGAAAGUACUGCAGAGGCUCUUGCUGUUAGACAAUUAUUAGGUCACCGUUUAGCUCUACAUGCUAAAGAUGCAAAAUCAGAAUGGUAUGACAUUGUUGAAGGGGAGCAUUCACUAUGGGAGGAAGUAUCAGUACCAUAUAGGGAAACAAUUCGAGCCUUUCUAGUUUACUUUCAGCAACAGAUUCUCAUGAGAUCUGAAGCGAAAUUCUGUUUCAGCAAUGGCAGCAUUGGAAAUUUUUUCUUCGCGGGAGCCCGGAUAUUCUUCCAGUCACUAGAGUCAGCAAUAUUUUUGUUUUCACGUGUAUCAGAGAUUCCUAAAGAAAGUCUUGUUCUCCCAGUCAUAUCCACCAAUGACAGAUUGACACUGGGAUGUGAGCUGUGGGAUGGAAGAACAAUUCGUGGUCAAAAUGAAAUAUCUCAUCCAACCAAUGGACUAAUGGAUCCUGUAAAUAAGAAUUACUGCUCUGUUCAAGCACUUCCAUCAAGAAUAAAGCGAGUAUUCUACAUGUCAAGUGAGGGGCAAAAUUUGUUGCAUGAGGUCUUCCCUCCACCAAAUCCAGCUGUCCUCGACCAGUUACACAGUGUUAAUUGUAUCGUUUAUGCCAUGGGAUCUCUUUUUACAUCCAUCUGCCCUUCAUUGGUUUUGAAUGGGAUAGGGGAAAUCAUUUCCUCAAGGGCUUGUCCUAAGAUACUUUUGUUAAAUGGGACACAUGAUCGAGAAACAAGUGGAUUCUCAGCUUCAUGCUUUGUGACUGCAAUCACUGAUGCUCUAAAUAGAACUUAUGGAAAUUCCAAAUAUUGCCUUAAUAAUCUUCCAAGUGCUUAUGUAAAUACAAUUUUGGUGCCCAAAAAUGGUAAAAUCCCAGUGGAUUUAAAUGCCUUGAAGGACCAAGGUAUAUUAAAUGUGGUCACCGUUGAUUCAUUGGAGGAUCCAAAAGUUGGUAUAACCUUUGACCCCAACUCAUUAAUUCAAACAUUGGCUGAUAUACUGAGGCCCUAGCUCAAUGUUAUGGGAAGUAACAUUUAACCCCAUUAGUUGGAGGGCUUACUGAGGCAUGUAUCAUUCAUCAUGAGAUUUAUAGUUUUAUCAAGUCGAUGAAAAAUAGUUUGCUCAUUUCAUGUUCAGUGACUCUGCUGAUAUAUCUUUGAUCAUGACUAAUAUUUAGGUUGCUAUGGCAUUGUUUGAGCUGCAAGUUGCUAUAUUUUGGCAUUCAGAGGCAGGGACUUUAUUUUUUGGUAUGCAUUUGAGUGAGAAGCUUUUAGAGAAGGAUGAAUAUAUUUUUUGCUGUCCCAGAUUUUAACUUGUACGGGUAACAGCUAAUCUGGGAUCGUCUGAGGAACUGGCAAGCUGUAUUGCAACUUUGCAAGCAGUGAGCCAGUGUAUCUGCAACACUGUAUAGGCUAUUCCACGGGAAAAGUGCAACUUUAUAAAGUACCAUUUGUUGUAAUUAGGAUGUUCAUUCUUUACCUAGAAUUCUCAUUUACCCUUGAUCAUCUCUCAUUUACCUAGAAUUCUUGAUGCAAGCUAUUAGUUUGCUUGAUAGUUGAUACGGAGUAUAUUUGCAUAAAUGCUCAAUUCAGUGAUAGGUGAUUGUCCUUUGUUUCUCA